AUGCUUGGUAUGGUGGGCAUGGCUGAUAUGUCCGAUACUAUCCAAGGAGGUUUGGAUGCUGCUAAAUCCGAUAUACCCGUGUGUGUUGCGAAAGCCACUGAUGCCGAGGCCGUUGCUUGCAACACCGCUUUGGUUGCCAAGGCCCAGGCUGCGUUCCCUGAUGCCGUCCCCAUCAUAGAUGCGGUUGUUUCGAAGUUGUUCGAUCCCAUUGUAAAGUGUGCAGGUGCUGCCGACGCCAAGGCUUGUGUGGAGGGUACCAUCGACUCUGCAUUUAAUGCCGCUCUUAAACUUCUGACUCCCGCUAACCGGCGCGACAUUGAUCCAAACAUGAUUGCCAUGGUCGUAGAUCCCGCCGUGACCGAGUUCAAGACGAAUCUGCAUGUGUGCUAUGGUCAACCAAACUUUGACCAUUGUGGAGUCGAGGUGACCCUCGAGGAGGUCAACAAACUUUGGAACACUUAUGGCUCAAUGUUGGGCAUGAUCGGUGCUGCGGAUAUGGCCACCACGGCCCAGGUCGCGAUCGAUGCUGCCAACGCUGACUUUUCACCUGUUUGGUUACCGCUACCGAUGCCGAGCUUGUCACUUGCAUGCAAGAACUUCUUGUGA